AUUGUUCCUUUCGCCUAAAAAAAAAUAAAAAAAAUCCUCCAAGCCCAUUAAUGGUCCCUUGAUCCGUUCUGAUAUCCUCCACUUCCCAUUAGUCUAUUACAAUCUUCAUCACACAGUCCAAGUAGUAGGUAAGAAUUUCUUUCACCACUAGCUGGAAGGGAGAAGAAUGGAAUCAAACAAAAAGAAAUCAAAACAAAAAGAAAUCAAAAGGAGAGAAUUUAAAUAAAUAAAAUAAAUUUUUAAGAUUAACCCUAAAAAUCAAACCUCCUUCUCCUCAUUAUCUUGGAUCAAAAUCAUUUUCAUUAAAGAGAAAAUAUCCUCUGGUACUUUCAAUAUUAUCAUCAUCUUCAGAUAUGGAUGGUGGUAUAACUCCAAGUUUGUUCCCACUACAUCGUUGUAAAACUUUGCAUCUGGUUAGGCAUGCACAAGCAGUUCAUAAUGUAGAAGCUGAAAAGGAUGACAGCGCAUAUCUAUCGUACUCAAUUUUUGAUGCACCUCUUACCCCUCUAGGUUGGCAACAGGUUGAUAAUUUGCGAAAUCAUGUUUAUGACUCCGGCCUUAUUAAGAAGAUUGAGCUGGUAAUUGUAUCUCCUAUGUCGAGGACGAUGCAGACAGCAGUUGGCGUAUUUGGUGGCGGAGGAUAUACUGAUGGAAUGGAUAUACUCCCUCUGAUGGUGGCAAAUGCAGGGAAUAACGACCGUUCUGCAUAUUCAAGCUUAAAUUGCCCACCAAUCGUAGCAGUAGAGCUAUGUCGAGAAUAUUUGCUAAAGGAAGUUCGUCCGUGUGAUAAGAGGAGAAGUGUCAGCGAGUAUGUGCCCCUUUUUCCUGCUAUUGAUUUUUCAUUGGUUGAAAGUGAUGAAGACACUUGGUGGAAAACCGACGUAAGAGAACCAACCGACGGUGUGACAGCAAGGGGAAUUGAGUUUUUGAACUGGUUAUGGACGAGGAAGGAGAAAGAAAUUGCAGUUGUUACACAUAGUGGAUUCUUGUAUCAUACCCUAAAAUCAUUUGGAAGUAGCUAUCAUCCACUGAUGAAGGACGAAGUCUGCAAGCAUAGCUUCACCAAUUGUGAACUUCGGUCAAUGGUGAUUGUGGAUAGAGGUAUGCUUGGGUCGGAUCCUUCGGUUACUAAUUAUCCAGGCAAGAUUCCGCAAGGUCCUGAUGUUCCAAGUGCAGCAGUGAAAAUACCACCCAAUUCAUCAUCUUAGACGAAUGUGGGUAAGUGGAAAUUGAACCUGAUACACUCUAAUAUAUUUUAUGAAUGCCCCUUGUCUUGAUUGCCAUUUCAUUUUAGGUGAUUGUUUUUCUGUAAUAGUAGUUUUCAUUGGGAAGUUCAACAGAAUCUUCUUACAUGAGACAAACUAUUCUAAAUUUUUAUUGAUGUGUGAUCAAAAUGCAGUCUGACAAUCAAACUAAAUCUAACUCAUUAUGUAAUGAAUCCUUCAAGAAUCAGAUCCAAGUCUUUUUCUUGUU